AUGUGGGGUCCACUUACCAACGGAUUAGAGUCGCUUUCAGAGUUAGAAUUUCUCGACCUCAGCACGAACCAAUUCAUUGGGCCUAUUCCAGCCCAACUCUUCUUCAGGCCCACGCUCUCUUCACUCUUCCUACAACGGAACAAUCUCUCUUGUGGGCUUCCUCAGAGGCCCAACGAUGGAGAACCGUCGAUCGGAUCCUCAUCAUAUGGUCAAGGAUUCAUAGUAGAUCUGAGUCAUAUCUCACUUACUGGACAAUUAUCCACUGUGUUUGAUGGAGUUGAAAGUUUAUUUUUAAAUAAUAACCGUUUGAUGGGGAGAGUGCCUGAGGAGUACGUUAACAACGUGUGCCGGGGAAGCACCAGAACACUGUACCUUCAGCAUAACUACUUCACAGGUAUACCAUUGGAGAAAGGAACGGUGAUGCCUGAUACGGCGUCGUUGUGCUUGUCGUACAACUGCAUGAAGCCGCCGGCGUCGCUGAUGACGUGUCCGGCAAGUGCAGGUGAAGAAUUAUCUAGACCAGCAUCACAAUGUUCUGUGUUUAACAAUAGCGACCGUGAUUAA